GAGCGUUGUCAGUUCAGAACCCUAAACACGUCAAAGAAGUUGGUCGGGAAGAUCCGACUCAAACAAACCUCAUUGUUUAUCGAUUCCUAAUAUGAUGUUUCAUGUGAAUUGAAGACAGUUCGCCAACUGUGAAGUUUCACACCUUUACGGUCCACAAAGUGAACUUUAUUUUGGACUUUUUUGAGUCUUUUUCAUGAUGGAGGAUCGAAAAGAAGAAAACGAGGCAGAGAUUCAGGAACACGGACCUGAACAUUGGUUUUCAAACUGGGAGAGGCAGUGCCUUGCCGAGGCCGACCAGGAAGAACCGAGCGAAGACCAAGUCGAUCAAAACCGAGAAAAACUCUGGCAUAUGUUUCAAAAUUCGGCGACGGCGGUGGCGCAGCUUUAUAAAGAUCGAGUUUGCCAUCAACAAGGACUGUCCCUGUGGGCACCGUUUCAGAACGCAGCAACAGCCGUGACCAACCUGUACAAAGAAAGCGUGGACGCACAUCAGAGAAGCUACGAGCUCGGGAUCCAAACGGGACAGCAGAGACGCAACAAGGAAGUCUUGGCCUGGGUGAAGAAGCGAAGGAGGACCAUCCGGAGAGAGGAUCUGAUCAGCUUCCUGUGUGGCAAAGCGCUGCCUCCGAGGGUCUCCAGAGCCACGCCCAGAAUCCCACCUUCAUCAGAUCCGGUCUCGUCUGAAGAACCGGACCUCCAGCCUUUCCGUGAAGCCAUUGCACUGCAUGGUCUGAGUGGCGCGAUGGCCAGCAUCAGCGUCCGAUCCGGUACUCCUGGUUCUCCCACCCAUGUGAGCGGUGGCUCGAACCCGGGCCGCAGAAGAAAUGGCCUCCACGACGUUGACUUGAACACUUUUAUCGCAGAUGAGAUGGCGCUGCACCUGGAGACCAACAGCGGCAGCAGGAAGCGCACAAGCGCCCAGUGCAGCGACAUCAUCACUGGCUCACCGACCCACAAACGCAACAGGACGAUCUGAGCGCGUGCACACACACACACACACACACACUGCUCAAAAAUAAAGCCACUUAAUCCUCAGUAUGUUUCUGUUCCAGUUUAAAAGGAAGCCAUUGAACGUGUCGCACGUACAGACACUGUCGUACCUUGACGUUCAUGUUCUUUUACUCAUUUUGCCACAUGAUGAUUUAAUAUGUAGAUGAGGGGAUUAAAACUUAAAAAAAAAAAAAUGGAGCAGCCUUAAAGGGACACAUCCCCAAAAAAUGCUCACUUAGUGCUGAUCAGGUAGCUUUCACACGUGACGCAUGUUUGUUUUCUGUGACGUCCUUCAGAAAGACGGCUCGCUUCAGAACCAAAAGUCCAGGGCGUGGAGCUGGACCUGAUCCUGAUUCUCCAACUCCUCGAUUCCCAAACCCAGGACAGACUUCAGCACUUGGUCAAGUUGUCUCCGCCCAGGUAGGAGGAGCUGGAUCAGGUCUGACUCCACCCUCUGGAUGCCAUGCCCCCCCCGGUUCUGCAGCGAAGGAUGCGUUCUGCUUUUUCACCUCUUGACCAAGUGUGCUCGGAAAACAAGACAAACUAACACGAAGGACAAAUCGGUGGUGUAAAAUAAGAUUUCUGAAGUCGGCUUGAGCAUUGAAAACUUAAUUGCUGAUUUUACACUGUCGUUAAAAUUAACCAAGUGUGUGUUUUAGGAUUUAAAAAAAAAAAAGCAAAAGCACGACAGACAGUGUUGGCUUUUUUUUUUUUUGUUUGUUUUCUUUCCCCUUCUUCACCCCCCGGAGGCCGAGUGUGAAAGCACCCUCAAGUUGACCCCUAAUUCCAGUUUGAUAUUUUCAGGUGAAGUUCUCAGCCUCACGCUGCCGUAAUUGCGACAAACGAUCCUGACUGUGUUUCUCGCACAGUAUUGCCACUUUAUCCACCCGGAACUCUCUGGUGUUUCUAGGACUUGAAAGGCUGUUUGCUUCACAAGCCAUGUUCAUAUUUGUUUAAUAUAUAUAUCUUUGUCUUCAUCUUGCUUUUUCUUGCACAUCAUGGCCUCUUCUUAUUUUCUGUUGAAGAGUCAGUCUCCGGGGGAAAGCGCCUGACUGUCCCGUACUUUUCCCUGUUGCUGAGGUUGCACCUUUUGAUGUGUGGAGGAAAUGUGGAGAUGGUAGACCUUUUUUAAAUGAAUAAUAAUUAAUAAAUAAUGUGAACCAUCUCAAGCUUUCGGUCUCCAGUUCUGUGUUAAAGAUGCGUAAAGGUCUGCUCUCAUGAAAGUCCAACAUCAGCAACAAGGAAAAGCCCAGUUUUGUCCCGUGGUGUUCUUUGGCGAGUCUGGAGAGCGAUGCUUCAGAUCUGUUUCAGUUGCAAUAAAAAUCAAAAUUAUCAUGAGCUCAUCUUCAAAUGUUUGUACGUCUUGUGAAAUUUUCUUUCUUUUUGUGCAAUGAAGAAAAAGUCAGUGGCUCAAUCAGGUUGAAGAGGAAACUUUGUUUUGUUUGUUGAUGAUGGAUUUAUUUAAAGCGUUCUUUUUAAAAUCCAGGUUUCUCAAAGGACACAUCAGGGUCCGACGCAAAGGGGGGAGGGGAAAAUCCUAGAAAUGUCUUCAUUUACAAAUUUUUCACCUGAUCUGGAAUAUUAAUUGUUUUACAUUUCCACACCACGUCAUCAGACAAUUUUUGUCUUAAUUAUUGAAAAGUCUUUUGGAUUAGAAUUUUAAGACGGAUGUUACUGAGGUCACUGUUUAGAUUUUAUUGUGAGAGGAAAUGAAGCAGUUUUUGAUCAGUUGUUAAGGGUGUUUUUUUUUUUUUUUUGUUGUUUUUAAAUUAUAAAUUUCAGAAAAGGAAAAAAGUUUGCUUUGAAAUUUUGGUGUGUUAAAUGUUUCGGUCCCAAAUGAAGCACAUGACCUUCUCUUCUUUCUCCUUUUUUCUCUACUUUUCAUCGCCAAAUCUUACAAAACACUACCUGGCCCCGGUUGCGGAGGAUCCAUGAACAAUUUAAUUCUGUUUUUCCAUAAAAGGGUUUAAAAAAAAAAAAAAAAAAAGUCGUCCCUGAAAACGACUUGGUUGCAGUUUGACUUUUAGUUGUAUGUGCAAAAAAAAAAAAAGUGAUGUUUACAGCAUUCUGCCACAGAAAUGUUUGUAAAUUAUUUGCUGAAAUAAAUAAAAAUGUUCUAAUGUUGUUGUUUUUUUAUUAUUCCUUCCCCCAUUU